GUGAUAGUAAUGUCUAAUGUGAUUCUGCACACAUGGGUCUUUCCUCUCAGCAGUGUUCAUCCCAGAGUCCAUGGAAGAAGCUGUUUGGGCUGCGCAGGUCUGGUCAGAGCAAACACAAUAUUACACCUGCCCACAGUGAGCAGGUUUCCCAGGAGCGAAAUGAGCGCCAUCGGCUGGAGCGGGACCUUGAGGAGGCGUCUAGGAGGCUGGCAAUGGCUCAUCAGGACAUCCGCAGACUCACCAAUGAGCUGGAUGCUGCGAAGAACAACAACCUGGACCCAAGUGGUUCUGAGCUCCAGGGAACACUCGAAGAAGUAGAGAACCUGAGGAAGGAAGUGGACAAACUGAAACACUGUGACAUGAUGAAGCUGCAGCGAUCCAAAGAGCAAAAUGACAAACUAGAUGUUGAGAACAGAGCUCUGAGGGAGAGAGUCCACACUUUAGAGUCAGAGAAGAGAAAUCUCUUGGACAAGUCGGCAAUACAUGACACAGACGUAGAUGUUACCAAAGAGGAUGAAAAGAACAGGAGCUUCAGCAGUGAACCACAAAACAAUCUAUCCUGCUCGCCAACCGAAGAAAAAGAUAACAUGCACAAACGGUGUCAUGAGGCGAUGGAAGACAGGCUUGUUCAGAUGAAGGAGCUGAAACGGCAGCUCCAGAGGAUACGCAAGGAACAGGAAGAGCUGGAGGAGAGGAACGAGGAGCUGGAGGCGCUGCUGGGGGAGGCCCAGAAUGCCAGCAAGGGGGAGAGGCACCGGCACGAGGGGGAGCUGGAGGGACUGCACAGGAGGAUCAAAGGGCUGGAGGCAGAGCUGAAGAAGCAGGAUGUCCAAGACAAAAUGUUAAAGAAUGGAGAAGAAGCCACCGAGUCCUUCUUACAGCUGCACCUAAGGGACAGCAGCCUGGAGAGAUUGGCUCUUCUAGAGGCCCGUCUGACGGAGGAGAAGGACUGGAGGAAGCAGCUGGAGGUGGACCUCAGUGCUGCCCAGGCCGCACUCAAAAAAGACAAGGAGGCUUUGCAGAUAGGUGAACGAGAGCUGAAGAAGCUGAGACUGGAGGUGAACAGCCGUCAGACAGAAUGCCAACAAGGAAAAACACUCAUCAAGAGCCUCACACAAGUCAAGGGGGAGAAAGCAGUUCUGGAGGAAAAG